CUACAGCUCCCGGGGCGCCCCGCGCCGUUCCCAUGGCGACAGGCAGCCGGGCCCGGGCGGACAGCGGCGAUGCCCAAGGCCGGCGAUACUCUGUGGGAUAUUGCUAGAGACGAAGUGGAGAAGAGAGAAAACUCCGGCGACGAUGGCGAGCGCGUGGAAGUUUGGGAAAAAUCAGUGUUGUUUAUGGGAAGCAAAAACGGGGGGAAGACCACUAUCAUACUGAGGUGUCUUGAGAGGGAAGAGAUUCCAAAGCCAACGUUAGUUUUGGAAUAUACCUUUGGGAGAAGGGCAAGGAGACACAAUGCACCCAAAGAUAUAGCUCAUUUUUGGGAAAUAGGUGGUGGAACCUCGUUACUGGAACUGAUUCGAAUACCAAUCACCGUCAACAACGUAAGGUCAUUUGCAGUAGUUCUCGUAUUGGAUCUAUCCAAACCUAAUGAACUCUGGAUGACUAUGGAGAAUCUUCUGCAGGCCACCAGAAACCACGUGAAUAAAAUUUUAGCCAAACUGGAAAAGGCAGAUCCUGAAGCAGCUGCUGAAAUUAAGCAGAAGAUGCAGAACAAUCUACAGAGGGAUCAUCCAGAUUAUGACUUGGUUGACCCUUUUCCAAUACCCUUGGUGAUUAUUGGAAGCAAAUACGAUAUAUUUCAUGAGUUUGACUCUGAAAUGAGGAAAAUAAUAAGCAGGACACUUCGAUUUGUUUCACAUUAUUAUGGAGCAUCACUGGCGUUUACCAGUAAAUCUGAGGCUCUCCUGCUGAAAGCUCGUGCUCUUAUUAAUCACUUGGCAUUUGGCUACGAUAGAAGCAAGUCCAUAUCAGUGGAUCACAGCAAACCACUAUUUAUCCCAGCAGGCCUGGAUUCACUGAGCCAAAUAGGGCCACCACCCACCUCUGACAGCAACAUUGGAAAGAUGCGUGCAAACACACCUUUAGAACUGUGGAAGAAGGUGUUUGAGAAGACGUUUCCUCCCAAGAGUUUCAGUGAUUUACAAGACAGCAAGGACCCUGCACAGGACUCACAAUAUGCUGAGUAUGAAGUUGAUGUCAUGAGAGCUCAGAAAAACCAGUUACACAUAAAACACAAGAUAUCACUACCUUGGAAGACCUUCCUGGCACGUUUUUUACAAUACAGAACUUAAUACUGCAGGUAGGUCGUAGCAACAAUGUGUUAAGGUUACCUGUAGUCAAUUGAACUCAAUGAGAGGUUCCAGUAUAAUUAAAUUUUUUGUGCGUGCUGUAGUUAAAAGAGAGUUAAUGUGUUCUUCUAACUAAGAUAGAUAGAAUGCUUUUUUUAUUGCAAAUAGCAUGUGGUUAGGUCUAAAAGAUAUUUCAUUAAAGCAAGUAUCUUGUCACUCUUAACAGCAACAAAAAGCAAUCACAGUGCAUUUAAAAUAGCUUUUUCGCUGGAAAAAAAUAAUCAGAAACAAUUUCUGACAGUAUACACCAAGCUAUAAAAUCCUGAAAAAGAAACUGGUUUUUGCAGUGUUGCUAGAACCUUCUGUUACAGGCUUAAGGAUUCCCAGUAGCACUAUUUGACUGAAAAGAGGUGAUUUGCUUACCUUGCUGGUGUUCCACUGAUGUCAAGAACCCCAUAAUACAGACUGCCCCAUGCUUCACACCUAAUUUACACUAUUUGUAUCUCCACAGUUUGAGGCUCUGUUUGCUUUUAAUUACCAUCUAAAAGAUGUGUAAUUGUAAUUACCACAUUGGUUUUGCAUUUUACUUUUACAUCCACAUGUAAGCUUUUACUGAACAGUGGCACCUGAAACUUUUUUUUUUUGAACUACAAAUUGCAAAAAAGAACCCACCAAUACAAAAAUUAAAAGUGGGGCAUCACUGUCUGUCUUGAUUACUGCACUUCCUGAAAAGUCCCAAGCCGUGAUGAACGUUUCUAUGAAUAUCCAGUACCAGAGAUUGGGUUGAUCUCUAAACAGCCACUGCUUUCCUCCAAAAUACAUUUCUGCUUGCUGCUGUCUGGACAAGAUUGUGAAAGGUAGCAAAGACAAAAUGCAGCGCAACUUCAGGGGCCACAGCAGGGCCACGAAGGGAACAUCUGCCAUGUGUAUAUCACGCAUAUUCUUGGUAUAUCUGGCUUCAGUUCUGUAGGGGUUUCUAACACAGUGUAUAAGAUUUCAAUAGUUCAGUCCUGUGCAUAAAAAAACAAUUAUUUUCCAUACUCUUAAGGAAUUGCCAAUCCAUUUUGCUCCUUGAAAGGCCUUGACUUGGACACUUGGUUGAUGCGACAAAUUAGUUUUUGUUCAGUAAUUCUGUCUUCUGUUCUUAAAAUACAUGUAAUGAUACACUUCAGUUUGUGGAGUUAGGCUUCUCCACACCAAACAUCUAAGAAAGGGUCCCAACUUCUGUCUUAGAAAGCAAGUGUCUAGGCAAAAAAUAAUAAUAAUAUAAAAAAUAAAUCUAGCUCCCUGUGUCAUUAUGUGAGUGCAGAUGUAUCAAAUGCCAAACUUUCAGUAUUAUUUUGUUAGAAAUAACAACCAUCUAGUUAUUUUUUUCUACAGUGACUGAUCUGCGUACGUGCUUUAAUUGAUGAGGUGCUUAACAUAUCUUAUGGCUUUUAGUCAUCAGGAUAU